AAUUGUGUUUAUUUAAUUAUAAAGUUAUCUGUCUUAAUAUAAUAUUUAAUUAAUUAAUUGCAAUUGCGUGCGUACGUAAUAGAAUUCAAUCUAGUAUUAAAGUGCUAUCACUAAAAAUAAUAGCACUUAAGAAAUUUAGAUUGUAUUGUAUGGUGAUAUAUAACGUGGUGUAUAUACGAGAGUGUGUGUGUUAUCUUAUAAGAAUAAAAAAAAUUUGUGGAAGGCACGUGAAAGGAUAGUAAACAAAACGAAUUGUAUAAUAUAUAUAGUUUUUAAUUUCCUAUAAAGUCUUUUCUGAACAUUUUCGCGUGACAUGAGUUUGAUUACUGACAAAAUCAUGCGAAUUUUGCGCAAGUGUCAUUCUGAUAAAAAUAAUAUAGAAAAUGAAUCGAAAGUGAGUGAUACGAAAAAAUCACAAAAGAAAAUCGAAAAAGAAAAGUUGGAGGAAAUUAAAAGUAAUGCAGAAAAAUUACUUGCGGAUGCACGAUGCAAUUAUGUGGGAAGUAUUGAAUAUGCUAGUUUAAAUAAAAUGCUGGCAAUUUGUAAUUUAGAGAUUGGAGAUGAAGUCACAGCCAUUCAUCAUUUGGUUGAAUCACAUGCAGUAAUACUCCGACAACACAUUUUGAACAGAUAUCAGAAGUCUCAAAUGUAUGAAUCUUUAACGGAUAAAUCUCAAAUAUAUGGUUUGAAACCAACAUAUGUAAAGUUUGAAACCAAAUUUACAGACAAUAAUGAAUCAUUAAAAUCAAAGCUCGCAGAACUACCAAAAGAGUGGUAUAUGAUUCAAGUUACUGCCCAAUAUGAAUCUUCAAAUGUAUUAAGGCAUGAAAAACAUACAUCUACUGUAAUGCAUGCCAUACAUAUUACAAUAUUGCCUACAGGGCCAUUUGACAUAGAACCUUUGUGCAUAACUUUACCAAAACCUGCAACACAGGUAUCUUAUGAUAUCUGUAAAGAGAUCAAGAAGUUAUUGGCUAACUACACAUAUGAGUUACGAGCCACUUAUGCAAAUCCUAAGCAAUAUUGGAUGAUGCGUGUAGAUCAGAACAACAAAAUGAAGAUAGCUAUAAAUGCAUUGGAGAAGAUAUGGCUGCGUGAAUGGAGAGUACUAUUUAUGGCUGAUCCCAUUGAAAAUUUAGAAAUUGUAGAUGAAAUACAUCAAGUGUUGGAUAAAUUGAUAUCAGAUUUCAAACCUUCCAUUGAAAUAUCAAAGCGAUGUAGAUGGCUUCUGAGAAAGAUAUUCACGUGUUCAUGUUUUCUCACGCAUGAGGAAAUAGCGCGUGCAGUGAAAUUUCUGCUUCCUGAUUAUGAAAAACUUGCAAAUAACAUUAUUUUGUCUAUUUAUGGAAAGUUAACAUAUGUACAAAAAUUAGAAAGCGCAAAACGAAAGACGUUAGUUUUAAUUAUUGACGAGCAUAUGGAUUAUAUAGCAUUUGAAGCUAUGGAAAUUAUUAAGAAUCAUCCUGUUACUCGUUUCCCUUCUCUACAUGUGGCAUAUGCAUUAUUUAAAGAACAUGAAGACACUAUAGUAGAAGGUUGUAAAAUAAUUAAAGCCAAAAAAGAUAUGGGAAUCUGUAUGAUCAAUCCGUCGGGCGAUUUAAAUAAAAUGGAAAAACGCAUAAAGCUUUUUAUGGACUUUUGGUUACCACAAUGGAAAACUUACAACACAGAGCCUAGCGAAGAAAUUUUCGAGGACGCGCUAAUAAAUCAUGAUAUUUUAAUGUAUAAUGGGCAUGGGAGUGGCAUAGAAUAUUUACCCGGAGAAGAUAUUGAAAGAAUGAAAGUGAGAUCUACUGUUUUAUUAUUCGGAUGUAGUAGCGUAAAAUUAUUUAUGAUAGGCGGAAGAUAUCCGCCUUUCGGUAUUUCAAAUCAAUAUUUAAUAGCAUGCAGUCCUUGUCUUCUGGGUAUGUUGUGGGAAGUAACAGAUGUUGAUAUUGAUAAAAUGACUGCACACUUUAUGAGUAAUUGGGUUCCUUCAUCGUCUGAGAAAUCGUGGACUGAUGUAGACAUAGAUAGUUGGAGUUCUGGUACUUUAAAAUACACGAAGAAAACAGGAAAGAACAAAACGGAAAUGGAGUCAGAAAUGUUACGGGCAGUGGCAAAAUCUAAGAAUAAGUGCUAUCAUUAUACGACAGCAGCUGCAAUAAUAGUACGAGGCUUACCAAUGAAAAUAGUUUAAAUUCUUCCUGAUAUUGCAGGUAUAUUUUUUUUUGCGAUAUUGAUGUAAGUUAAUUUCUUUUUCUACAUCGUAUACAAAAGCAAAGCUGUGUUCAGAAGACAAAAGAAUUUUAUUGAUUAUUUAUAAAGCAAAAUCUGUAUUUUUUUAUGUUUUAACGCGAAGAUAUCUUAAAGACGCGCGAUGCUGUAUGUAAAAAUAAUAACAACGUAUAGAA